AUGGGAAGCAACAUUGUGGUACGAUUGACUCCCUUGAGAGUUGUCAGAAAUGCAAUUCACAAACAUAUUCGCUUAUACUCUUCAAUUCGUCAGACCGUCGAGAUCAAUGGUAAAACAUAUGAUACAGAUGAGGAAAUGACCAAUAUUACUCCCUCUAUCAUUGACUUAACAGACAGAUCAUUGCAUUUAAAGCCGAAUCAUCCUAUUGGUAUACUACGGAAACUAAUUGAGGGUAAGCUUAAUGACGGUAAAAAAGCAUAUACUGCGUAUGAUGAAUUUAAACCAGUAGUAUCUGUGUUCGAGAACUUCGAUUCACUAGGGUUCCCUAAGGAUCAUCCAGGCCGGUCGAAAUCUGACACUUAUUAUAUUAACAAAGAUACGCUAUUAAGAACUCAUACUUCAGCCCAUGAACUUGAGUGUUUCAAAAAUAUACCUAAAUACAAUAAUGAUGGCUUUUUAAUAACUGCAGAUGUGUAUCGUAGAGAUGAGAUUGAUAAAACUCACUACCCAGCUUUCCAUCAAAUGGAAGGUGCUAGAGUUUGGAACAGGAGUAUCAAAUCUGAUGGCACUUAUGAUAUUAGUGAGAGUGCUCCCCAUAUAAAAAAACUAAAGACUGAUAUCAGGGAAUUAGAAGACAUAUUAAGAAAUGAAAAAACCAAUAUGAUUGUCGAGGAUAAUACUGCAAGAGAGGUAAAUCCAAAGCAAGAAUAUAUGACAGACUUAGAGGUCGAUCUCGUUUCCCAACAUCUGAAAAGGUCAAUUGAAAUAGUUGUCUCAGAAGUCUUCCAUAAGAAAAUUGAAAGUAUGAAAGCCUUAAAAGGUGCUAAUGACCCUUCUAUUCCAAAAGAACUGAAAGUAAGAUGGAUAACAGCCUAUUUUCCUUGGACGGCACCAUCCUGGGAGAUUGAAGUCUGGUGGGAAGGUGAUUGGUUAGAAUUAUGUGGUUGUGGCCUAGUCCAACAACAAGUUUUGAUAAAUUCCGGUAACAAACCAGAUAGUACAAUUGCAUGGGCUUUCGGUCUUGGCCUAGAUAGAAUAGCUAUGCUGCUGUUCGAAAUCCCUGAUAUUAGAUUGCUAUGGACAAAAGAUGAAAGGUUCCAUAAUCAAUUUAAGGAGGGCAAGAUAACAACCUUUACAUCCUAUUCCAAAUAUCCAGGUUCCUACAGAGAUAUCGCCUUCUGGUUGCCUGAAAAAUUAAAAAAUGAAGUUCAACUUCAGGAAAAUGACUUGAUGGAAAUAGUUAGAAAUAUCGCUGGCGAUUUAGUGGAAAGUGUGAAAUUAAUUGACGAUUUCACACAUCCAAAAAGCAAAAAGAGGUCAUUGUGCUACAGAAUAAACUACCAAUCCAUGGAUAGGAACUUAACGAAUGCCGAGGUAAAUAAAUUGCAAAGUAAAGUCGAGGAAGAAUUGAUACGUUUGUUCCAAGUGGAAUUAAGAUAG